AUGGAUACUCGCUUCAUCCAAAGGCCAAAAUUUCCUCGCUUAUCUAAUCCCUUCACACCCAUCAAACUCUAUACAUCACGCCACACUUCUUGCCCACUACACACAAGUCACAACCCACCACCACCACCAAUGGCAACCGCCGCAUCUGCCGCCGCCGCAUCCUCCUUCAUCGGAACCCGUCUCCCGGACCUACAUUCCAACUCCGGCCGAGUUACAGCUAGAUUCGGAUUCGGAAAGAAGAAAGCCGCCCCCAAAAAAGCAUCGAGAACCGUAACAUCUGAUCGCCCCUUAUGGUAUCCCGGCGCAAAAGCACCGGAGUAUCUAGACGGGAGUCUGGUCGGAGACUACGGGUUUGACCCUUUCGGUUUAGGUAAACCGGCAGAGUAUUUACAGUUUGAUUUGGACUCGUUGGACCAGAACUUAGCGAAGAAUUUGGCCGGAGACGUGAUCGGAACCCGGUUCGAAGAUGCGGAUGUGAAAUCGACACCUUUCCAGCCAUACAGCGAAGUGUUCGGGCUUCAGAGGUUUAGGGAGUGCGAACUCAUCCAUGGCCGGUGGGCUAUGUUGGCUACCCUCGGUGCUCUCACCGUCGAAUCCGUCACCGGUGUUACAUGGCAAGAUGCCGGAAAGGUUGAACUAAUCGAUGGAUCAUCGUACCUUGGUCAACCACUCCCAUUUUCCAUCACCACUUUGAUCUGGAUUGAGGUUUUGAUCAUCGGCUACAUUGAGUUUCAAAGAAACGCUGAGCUUGAUCCUGAAAAAAGGUUAUACCCCGGUGGUCCAUUUGAUCCGUUGAACUUAGCCGCUGACCCCGAGAAGAAAGCCAUCCUACAACUGGCGGAGAUCAAACAUGCCCGUCUUGCCAUGGUGGGAUUCCUUGGGUUUGCCGUUCAAGCAGCGGCCACCGGAAAAGGUCCUCUUAACAACUGGGUUACUCAUUUGAGUGAUCCACUUCACACUACUAUCCUUGACACCUUUGGCUUCUUCUCGUAAAAUCGUUUUUGGGGAUUCCGUUGAUAAAUAUAUAUAUCAUCACCGAUGUAGUUUUAUGAUUACGUCUAUCUUGUAAAGUUUGUAACUUUUGACAAAUCAAGCGGAACAAUAUAUUGCUUUUUAUUGUCACUUCGCAUGGAUCGAACCUAUGACACUUGUUCUUGUUGUUGCUUUGUUUUUGUCAAUGAUGAGGGGAAAUCUGUAUAAAC